AUGUCGAACUCCGAAAAUUCUAUAACAAUACGGGUGGAGUUUGGUGGCGGUCUCGAGCUGCUCUUCUCUAAUCAAAGAUCUCAUAAAGUCAAGAUACCCGCAACUAUUUCCAAGGACGGUCCAGGGAAGCCUGCUGAUGUCGACUAUCUGAUCCACCAUCUACGCGACAACUUGCUGAAAGAGAGAGAAGAAUUGUUCAUGGAGAAAGACACGGUGCGGCCAGGGAUACUGGUCCUCAUUAACGACACUGACUGGGAACUGGAGGGAGAGGGAGAUUACGUCCUGCAGAACAAUGAUGAAGUCGUCUUCAUCUCAACGUUGCACGGCGGUUAG